AUGGGGAGGAAGAUGUGGAUGGUUCAUGAACUUGGUCAUCAUUCAUCCAGAACACAGCAGGUUGCGUUCUGCAUACAUAAUAUUGCCUAUCAAGGUAGAUUUGCCAGAGCAGACUUCGAUCUUCUUAAUCUACCUGACAGUUUCUUACCAUCAUUUGAUUUUAUUGAUGGACAUGUUAAGCCUGUUCUAGGGAGAAAGAUUAACUGGAUGAAGACAGGGAUCGUUGAGAGUGAUCUGGUUCUAACAGUUAGUCCACAUUAUGUUAAGGAACUCACUUAUGGCCCAGAUAAAGGUGUUGAGUUGGAUGGUGUCCUUCGCACAAAGCCUCUUGAAAUUGGAAUUGUAAAUGGCAUGGAUGUUUAUGAAUGGGAUCCUUCAACAGAUAAGUACACCAGCGUGAAAUAUGAUGCAACAACGGUAACUGAAGCAAAGGCUCUCAAUAAAGAGAGGUUGCAAGCUGAAGUUGGAUUGCCUGUGGACUCGAGCAUCCCUGUUAUAGUUUUUGUCGGGCGUCUUGAAGAACAGAAAGGGUCUGACAUACUCAUUGCAGCCAUUCCAGAGUUCGUGGGCGAGAAUGUUCAGAUAAUCGUUCUUGGCACGGGAAAGAAGAAAAUGGAGGAGGAAUUAAUGCAGCUGGAAGUGAAAUAUCCAAACAUUGCUAGAGGCAUAGCGAAAUUCAAUGUUCCAUUGGCACAUAUGAUGUUUGCUGGGUCUGACUUCAUUAUUGUCCCAAGUAGGUUUGAGCCAUGUGGUCUCAUUCAGUUGCAAGGGAUGAGAGUUUCUAGCUCGCUUUGUUACAGUUCAGAUUUGAGUGCGCGUAAGAUAAACAUUAGCAGCCAUCUUUUCUUAUCAUGUUACAUCUUGAUUCCUGUAAAACAAAAGAUUCCCAUCUGUUCAUCACCUGGAGGACUUGUUGACACGGUUGAGGAGGGGUGUCACCGGAUUCCACAUGGGUUCUUUCAAUGUCGAGUGUGAAACUGUAGACCUAGCUGACGUGACGGCAGUAGCGUCAACCAUCACACGGGCCUAGAACAGUACGGCACCCCGGCGUUCCAAGAAAUGGUUCAGAACUGCAUGGCGCAAAACCUAUCCUGGAAGGGGCCUGCGAAGAAGUGGGAGGAGGUGCUUCUGGGCCUUGGAGUCGAGGGGAGUCAAGCUGGCAUCGACGACGCAGAGGAGAUCGCUCCACUUGCCAAGGAAAACGUAGCUACUCCAUGACGCUUGGUGCCUCGGAAACACGCGUUGGUGAUAGGAAGCAUCUUCUAGGAUCCUCCUGGCCUUGUGGCUGGAGUGAGUUGUUCAGUCAGACACAGUUUCGCCUCUACAACAUCUUCCUCCUCCUGGUGGUGGUCCGAACUCCGAAGCAAAUUCCAGUGAUAAAGGAUGAACUAAGAGGUCCAUGUUUCUAUUGCUAGACCUUUUGCCUCCUAAAUAGACGAUGUACUGCGCUUGUAACAAGAACCUCACUUUCGUGUCAAGUAAUAUCAACAGGUUUCAUAAUGGUA